AUGUCCAGCGCACCCAACGUCCUCCUCUUCGCCACGGGCUCCGUCGCGACGAUCAAGCUGCCACAGCUCGUCACGUCGCUGCUGGCGCACCGCCUCAGCCUGCGCGUGAUCAUCUCCCCCUCCGCCGAGCGAUUCCUGAGCGCGGGUGACCUCACCGCGCUCUCCUCCGCCGUCCCGGUCUACCGCAACGAAGACGAAUGGGCGCAGCCGUGGCAGCGCGGCGACCCAGUGCUUCACAUCGAGCUUCGGAAAUGGGCGGACCUGCUUUUGAUCGCGCCGCUAUCGGCGAACUCACUCGCGCGCAUGGCGGGCGGUCUGUGCGACGGGCUGGGACUGAGUGUUGUCCGGGCCUGGGAUGGUGUGGCGCGCCGCCGGAAAAUGAUUCUUGUCGCGCCCGCGAUGAAUACGCAGAUGUAUCUGCACCCGUUGACGGAGGAGCAGCUGGCCAAGCUGCGCUCGUGGGGCUGGAUCAAUGUGCUGCCGCCCGUACAGAAGCUGCUGGCUUGUGGCGAUAUGGGCAUAGGCGGCAUGAUGGAGGUGGCGGAUAUUGUGGCACAUGUUGUUGCAGAGCUGGGGCUUGACACUCCAGGUCCUUAA